GUGCAGGCGGCGGUGGUGGCCCGUGGGUGCGCGCUUCUCUCCGUUUCUCUCGUGGGGGGAGGAGCAGGGAGGAGAAGGGGGUCGUGAGCCGGAAUCCUGGCGCGCGCGUGCGCGCGCGCGCACCCUCGCUCUGUGGGUUCGGGACCGGACCAUGGCGUUAACGGCCACUCGGCGGCCCUGGGCCUUGCUGUGCCUGGUGGCCGUGCUGCUCCUCCCCAAGGCGGCUGCGUUACAAUGUUACUGCCAUCUCUGUACAAAAGACAACUUUACAUGUGUGACAGAUGGGCUCUGUUUUACCUCAGUAACACGGACUGUGGACAAAGUCAUACACAAUAGCAUGUGCAUAGCAGAAAUUGAUCUGAUUCCCCGAGACAGGCCAUUUGUUUGUGCCCCCUCCUCCAGAGACGGAGUUAUUACUUUGCCUCACUGCUGUGACAAAGACCACUGCAAUAAAAUAGAGCUUCCAAUUCCAACACCAGGCCCAACUCCAGGAAAACCUGCUUCUAAUCUGGGACCUGUGGAAUUGGCAGCUGUCAUUGCUGGACCUGUCUGCUUCGUCUGUAUUUCACUAAUGUUGAUUCUGUAUCUUUGUCAUAAUCGUACUGUAAUUCAUCACCGUGUACCAAGUGAAGAAGAUCCCUCAUUAGAUCGUCCCUUCAUAUCAGAAGGAACUACUUUAAAAGAUUUAAUUUAUGAUAUGACAACUUCAGGUUCUGGGUCAGGUUUACCUUUACUUGUGCAAAGAACAAUUGCAAGAACUAUAGUACUUCAAGAAAGCAUUGGUAAGGGCCGCUUUGGAGAAGUCUGGCGAGGAAAGUGGAGAGGAGAAGAAGUUGCUGUGAAGAUAUUCUCUUCAAGAGAAGAACGCUCAUGGUUUCGUGAGGCAGAAAUAUAUCAAACAGUUAUGCUACGGCAUGAAAACAUUCUUGGAUUUAUAGCUGCAGACAAUAAAGACAAUGGUACAUGGACUCAGCUGUGGUUGGUGUCAGACUAUCAUGAGCAUGGAUCACUCUUUGAUUACCUGAACAGGUAUACAGUGACCGUGGAAGGAAUGAUAAAAUUAGCUUUGUCCACUGCCAGUGGCCUUGCACACCUUCACAUGGAAAUUGUUGGCACACAAGGAAAACCCGCAAUUGCCCACAGAGACUUGAAAUCAAAAAACAUAUUGGUAAAAAAGAAUGGAACAUGCUGCAUUGCAGAUCUAGGAUUGGCUGUAAGACACGAUUCAGCUACAGACACCAUUGACAUUGCUCCAAACCACAGAGUAGGAACAAAAAGGUACAUGGCUCCUGAAGUUCUAGAUGAUUCCAUAAAUAUGAAACACUUUGAGUCAUUCAAGCGAGCAGACAUCUAUGCAAUGGGAUUAGUAUUUUGGGAAGUAGCUCGGCGAUGUUCAAUUGGUGGAAUUCAUGAAGAUUACCAGUUGCCAUACUAUGACCUUGUCCCUUCAGAUCCUUCAGUUGAGGAAAUGAGAAAAGUUGUUUGUGAGCAGAAGUUAAGGCCCAAUAUUCCAAACAGAUGGCAGAGCUGUGAGGCAUUACGAGUAAUGGCAAAAAUUAUGCGGGAAUGCUGGUAUGCCAAUGGAGCCGCUAGGCUAACAGCUUUGCGCAUUAAGAAAACGUUAUCACAACUUAGUCAACAGGAGGGGAUAAAGAUGUAGUCCUGGAUUUGCUACUGAGGAGUACUGUAAAAAUCUGUAUCUGCACCAGGUGGCGUGUUACAAAGGUUAAUUGUCCUACCUCACUGAGGGAACAGAAGGAUAUUGCUGCCUUUUAAUACUUCAUAGGAACAUCACUUAAUAGCCCCAGGAUUUUUGUGGACAUGCUGAACAGUUGUGUUGGGUCCUUUCUGUGCACUAUGAACACCUCUUUCCCAGGAUACAAACUAUUGUGUAGUCUAGUUUUGUUUUUUAUUAACCUGUAACUUCUUGUUUGGAGAGUUGAUAGCUGGUCUUAACAUUUAGUUAAGUGUGCUAAAAAUAUGAAGGUCACUUCUAAAUGGAACUGGUUCACUAACUUGUUCUAGAGUGCGUUGAUGGCUCUUUAAGCAAUUUUAAUCCUGGCUAGUACAUUGAGUAUUUUGAACCACUGUCACAGUUCUUUGUUUUAGAUUUUGAAUGUACUAUUGCAGUAUACUCUGCUAGCUAUAAGGUUGUAUAUCUUUUGGACUCUUACCUUAAUUUACAAAAUGACCUCAUUCAUUUGUGGGGAACAUAAUUUAUGCAAUUAUACUUUCUACAUGGUUACUUUUUUCCCUCCUCUUUUUCAGAGCAUUACAUUGCCUUCAAAAUAGAUUGUAUUUUACCAGUAAGUGCCGCUUUUGAGUUUUAAUGCAAAACAGUAGGAACAUGCAAAGCCUAUGGUACUUGUGGUUUCUAAAUUACAAGUUCAAAAGUCAGUUAAUUCAUUUCCUUACCUAAGAUCUAAUUCAGAUUCUACUCAGCACAUGAGUAAAUAAUUCUCAAAUUAUCUUUAAUUUUACCAAAAUCUGAUUCUUUAAACAAUUCUAGGAUUUUUAAAUAGUGUAAGCUAGUUAGUUCACUGUCGUAUUUUGUAAUUGUCAAGUCAUGAGUUAUAUAAGACUUUUUAAUCAAGUGGUACUUUUAAAAUGCUUGAAGUGCCCUUGUCUACUUAAGAGAAGUAGCAAGAGGGCUAAAGUGUUCUUAAGGGAGUUUCUACUCCUUAAUCAAUUAUGGAAAGUAUAUUUUCUGUGCAACUCUGCAGAGUCUUUAGGCUCACAGAACAAUAUUUAAACAAGGAUUAAGUACACCUGUAAUUAGGGAGAAUUUAUUUGAGCUUUUGUACUAGAAAGUUAAAAGCUGCUUAUGAACUUUAUGUGCAUAUAUUUUUUUGUGUGUGCCUCAUACACAAAGUGGUGACCUGCAGGUCUUUGUUACCAGGGGAUUCCUGCAAUCCUCUUCAUAGUUACAAGAACAAAGCUUAUGGUAGCUUGUGUUGUCAUAAGAACACAGAAGAAUAUGCAUAGCUUUAGUCUGGAUUUGCCUGAGAAUUUAAGGAGGCUUUGGCAGCCUUGUUCAUAAAUUGAAUUGCUUCCUGCCCAAAUGUAUAACUUCCAGAGAGGAGCAGGGGAAUCCACAUGGAAAAUUUCAAAUCUGCAGUCUCGUGUGUGUAUAUAUACGUAUAUAUAUAUACACACACAUACAUGUGUAUAUAUACACACACAAUUCAAAUAUAUAUAUUUAUAUAUAUAAAAUUUAUGUUUUUAUGUGUGUGUGUGUAUAUAUAUAAUAUAGAUUUGUUUGAAUUGCAAUAUUAGAGUCUGGUUGACCUUUGAUUUCAUUAAUUUCCAAAAAAGUCAUUUGGAUUUCUGUGUGUAUAUGUGCCUGGUAAUUAACAUGCCACCUAACAGUUAACUUCCUGCCAUCCAGAACACAUCACUACCCAUCCUGCUAUGCAAUACAAAGAGUAACUUUAAUUCUGUUUCUUCUUCAUGCUUCAGUGUAAAGUACUUUGAGAAUUUUUGACAAAGCUAGUAACUGUGCCAAGAGUAUCAUUUUGAACAGCUGUUAGCAGUAGUCAAGAUUAUUUUUUUAGUCUGUAGUGCAUGGUUACUGAAGCAAUAAGAUGGGUAGGUUUUAUAAGAAGAGGCUAUAUGGGUGGCAUAAGACUUCUGCUCAGGCUGUAUAGGUAUAACAGGCAAAGGAGUUAAUAACACUGAUGUUUCCAAAUUCUUAAUGCGUGCUUGGAGAUGGAUUUAAAUGAUGUGGGAAUUAUAGAGCUGCAGAGGUUGAACUGUAAAUAUUGAAAUACUUUAUUCAGCUGUCGUAGAUGAGUUUACUUAUACUGGAAGAUGACACUUGCAGAGGAAGGGAAGAAAAAUCCUUAGUAGAAAACAAUUGAGUUAUAAACCUGACAGUUGCACGUUUAGUUUGUUCUGCGUUGUCUGACCAGUCAGGCUCAUUUGCUUCAGGCCUCUGUAAAAGUAGGAAGUUGAGUUCAUGCAGGUAUUUUAAAUAGAAUAAACUAUACCUUUGUGCAACUGGACAGUCAAGGUCUGCACCACAGUUUUUCAGUUAUGACUGAUUAAGAAAUGAUUAAGUGCACACAAACUCCCAGUUUAUCUAUUUGGCAUCCCUCUCCGACAAGUUCUGUGUGUCUAAAUAACUAUUUAAAGAAAACACUUCAGCAAUGAAGUAGAACUUACUAUAGUGCCAUACUGAUUUCAAAGCUUUCCUAUUAAAAAAGAAAAAAAGAAAAAAUAAAGUUGGUACCCUUGUUAAAUUCUGAGUUUUCCAUACGUGUACCUGUUUCUUCACCAUAGAUACAAAUGGUAUAAGUGAUAUCUUAAUGUCAGGCUACUAGCAUGCUUCCAGUCUUUACAAUAAUCUCGGUAAUGUGGGAAUUUCCAAUAAUUCAUCAAAUUUCAUUACUGUUUUCAGCAACUAAAAAUAUCACAGUGAUGCUUAGUCUUCUAAAACACAAGAAGCAGCUCUAUUGCAUUUAAAAGAGAAUCUAAGGCAGCUGAACAGCAUCAUGACAGGCAGAUUACUUCAACUAUACAGUAGUUUGUUGCAUUGGUUAUCUUGCCCACUUACUAGUUAUCUUCUGAAUUGAUAGUAACUAUUCCUAUGCUAUUCUAACUUUUAACUUUUGUUUUUUGCAAGGUUCUAUUACAAAGUGCACAAAGGAGGCUUGAUACGCUAUGAUUUUAUGAAAAUUCUUUUGGGACAACAUUAUUAUUCCUACUAAAAUGCAGAACAAAUUCUGAAUAGAGCUAUACAUAUCCUCAGUUCUGACACCACAACUUAAAGCUUUGUUCUUUUCCAUUAUGUAAACUGAACACCUUUUACAAAGGGUGUGUCUGUAUAUAUUAUGUAACAUUAAAUGUUACCUGUGUAAUAUCAUAUCUUAUAUAUAUGGACACAGGAACACAUAAGUAUUUUUUAAAUUAAGAUUGUAAUAUCACCAGAUCUGCUCUUGGAAAUCCAGGGGGACCAAAAUAUUUUAGCAUUCAAAAUAUUAAUUUUAUAUCAUUUCAAGUAUAUACCAAAACAGUUUCUGAGUACUGAUGCAAAUGUUUGUAAAUAUGAAUGCAUUAUACAUUCACUCAAGUUUCAUGGAUUUAAUCAGUUUGACAUUCUAGUAGCAUUGAUGCCUCAGUUCAGUUUACAGAUUUGUGACUGGGUGGAUAUGGACAUGAAGAAUAAGGAAUGUUGGAAAAGAUCUGAUGCUGAAAAUCUUGAAAUGUUGUUUUUGGAAUGCUGGAAUUCUUCAGGGACCUUUCAAUCUUAAAAGCUGGAAUUCUAGCUUUUUUUCUCAAGCUGACUUUCCAAGUAUGGCACACUUACACCCUCAAAUGGUUUGACUUGUAAUCCUAAAAAAAACUAUGUAUAUAGGGUAAAGACUUUGGAAUUGAUUUUGUAGGGGUAUGAAAGUGUCAGAAUAAGAGGCUUUUUUUUCCCCCCAUAAUUGUUUUGAGAGUGAUUGCCAUGAAAUUCACUUUUAGUUAGCUCUAUACUGUGCCAUUGAAACGAUUACAAGUUGUUAAUCAUUUUGUGUAAAAGAAAACAUAACUAUAUCAGUUGCUUUAAACUCAAAUUACCUCUUAAAAGACCAAGGUACAUUUACCUCAUGUGUAUAUAAUGUUUAAUAUUUUUUAAAACAUUCUCCAGGUUUGCAGUUUUAUGUUUUAGAGAUCUGGGUAUACUAAAUUUACAGCUUCAAUGGUACUAAAUGUAUUAUCUGGUGCCCUAAAACACAUCCAUUUUCUGUAUGUUAUUGUAUUACUGCAAGUUUGCUGCUUUGUCAAUGUAGCACCUGCCCUUUCAUAGCUGUAUGGAUACUACGUUGUAUAAAGAUUAUUUCUUGGAUGAUAAAUUUGAGGAUCCUGUACAGAUGAGUGUCACUUUUUAAAAUUUUUCAAAAAUGUGCAUUUCCCCUUACAUUUCUGAAAACAUGUAUUGUAUUUGUAGAGUAUACAUUUCAAUGGACUGUAAAUAGACAGUAGAAGAGUGAUGCUUAUGUUAAGUGCUAACACUACAGUAGAGAGAUUAAAGCAGUGAAAAUAAAUUACUUUUUUUUCAAA